AUGGCCUAUCCGGCGCGUUCCAUGAGAUAUGCUUGCUGUGUUUAUGCUUUGUUCAAGAUCCACCGAGCUCUGCUGGUGUGGGAAUGGGAUAUCUAUGAGGUUUCGGCUCAGCCGGCCGGAGGAAUGAAUAGCCGAGCCCGGCGGAGACGACAACAGAUCGACGCGAGCAGCGCAUAUGACUGCUUCUCGGGUUAUAUAUUUGCGGAUUGUAUGGGAGCGGGGUCUAAGAUGAGAUGCGGAGAUGAUGAUGAUGAUGAUGAUGAUGAUGAUGAUGGGUAA